UCAAAUAUUCUACACACCGCAUCUAUCUACUUCCUGUAAUUCUGUUGGGUGGGACAGGCGGAAGCAGUGUUCUGGCAAACGAAACAUUUUUAUUUUGCUGAGUUAAAAGAUUGACAUUUAUUUCUCAAAAUGCCGGCGUACCACUCUGGCUUGAUGGAUGGGGACACCAAGAUGGUGGGGAACAUGGCUAUGCUGCCACUAAAAACCCAGUUCAAGGGCCCUGCAGCAAAAGAGACCAAAGAUUCUGACAUCAUUGAAGAGGCCAUCUACUAUUUCAAAGCCAACGUCUUCUUUAAGAAUUAUGAAAUCAAGAACGAGGCAGACAGGACUCUGAUCUACGUCACCCUUUACAUUUCUGAAUGUCUGAAGAAGCUACAGAAGUGCAGCUCCAGGGGUCAGGGAGAGAAGGAAAUGUACACUCUGGGAAUCACUAACUUCCCCAUCCCUGGAGAACCUGGCUUCCCUCUCAACGCCAUGUAUGCAAAGCCCAGCAACAAGCAGGAAGAGGAGACAAUGAGGGCGUACCUGCAGCAGAUCCGCCAGGAGACGGGGCUGAGGCUGUGUGACCGUGUGUUUGACCCCCAGACAGACAAACCCAGCAAGUGGUGGAUGUGCUUUGUCAAGAAACAAUUCAUGAACAAAAGCCUUUCAGCUCCUGGACAGUAGACAACUCAGGAGUGCUGGAGGUUAUUCUAAACUAAUGCGAGGCAGAUGGAUUUUUCGGGCCUCUGCUUUCGUGUGGCUAAGAUUAUUUUAUACUGAAUAAGAAGAGUACAUGGACGCGAUAUUGUUUCAUUGAUCAUGUUAAGCUGGUGCUUAAUGUGUCCCUGUCCAUCUUUGACAAAAUGUAAGAACAGCAUUGUAUUCUUUUAAUUGUGUAAAUCAUGAAGAUAAUUUUCAAAACUUUAUUGGGCUCAAGUUAGACAUUAACUGUGGGUGUAAAUGCCUACAAUUUCACGUCACACAGGUGAAUGGGUAGAACUAUUGAGCUACAAGUUUUAUUUCUUGUUCUAACAAUCCAUCGCCACUUCUGUUAUUAGAUAUUUUGUGUAACACAAUUGUGUUGCGGAGGGCCAGUCUAAUCCACUUGCACAGGAUAAUGUCUAUACUUGAGUAAACAUUUAACCAAAAGUGACAUCACUUCAUUCAUCACACCCUUUAAAGACUACACACAAAACAAAAAGGCUGAGCCAAAUCUAAAAUAAGAUUACUCUUCUGUGUACAUGUGACCAAAGCUCAAAUGAUUCACAAGAAUGGGCAAAUUGACAUGUCCCUAAAUAUCUAAGCUAUAACAGCAAGGAGAAUCAAGUACAAACAUUCACCCUAAAGUACAACUAAUUUGAUACAGUACAUAUUUACAUACACAAUAAAAUUGUAGAUGAUCUUUAUUACAAAAAAAUAUUCUCUGUUCAUCAUGCUAAUGUUUUUGGUUUAUCCCCAAACAUAUUGAUCAAACAAAUGUAUCCAGACAGAUGGUGACAUCACUGGAGACAGUUUCCUUUGCUUACAGGAAAACAACUUAAGGCAGCAGAGUGUAUUGACCUCUUUGAAAGGACUUUGCAGAACACUUGAGGGGAUGGGCUUCCAGGGGUAUAAAACGGGCAAUGAAAGCCUUUGUUGGUAACAAUCUCUUCAAAUACUCUGAACUCCAAAAUUGCAUAAGAGACAAGUCUAAAAUAGAUGGCUCAGUGGCAGGUUGAAAAUAAAGAAUAAGCUCAUCAAAA